GAGUUUCGUAUGACAUCAUGUGCAACUCAUUAGCCCCAGUACUUCCUCAUAUCGCGGAAGACGGCAAUCUCGGCAAAGCACACUGAAGGUGAAGCGAUCCACUAUCAUGAAACCGCUUUGGGCCAUCAUCCUGCAAAUUCUGUUGAAAUCUGACAUUCUAUUGGCAGUUGGAACAUCAGAGACAUGUGGAGUAUCGACGUUUAUUCACGUUCCUCAAAGUGACUGUAACGGAAGGGACAUAGCCAUCCACGGUGGUGUCUCUCUCCAAUCCUGUGCAGACGCUUGCUGUGAAGACCCCGCAUGCCUGUCCUUCCAAUACUACAACUUUCCACCAAUAUGUUUCUUGAAAAACAAGCUCUGCUCAGCGGAGGAGAAAGAGCGCUUGGCAUUUGGAAACAUGUACGAUCGGCAAGUGUCAGCCUCCACUCCAUCACGGACAACAACACGUCUGACCACAAACGCAGUAGCAGCCAUUACUAUCUCCAUGGCAACGAGUACAAAUAGUAAUGGGACAUCUGCCGAUCAAGCUGGAACCAUGUCAGGCGCCAUCAUAGGAGGUGCAGUAGCGGCUGGUGUCGUCAUCUUCAUCAUAGCAGUCGUUGCCUUUAUCGUAUACACUAAAAGACGACGACCCAGUGAGAGACAUAUAUAUGAUGAGCCACUGGAUUCCCAGUUUGAUCCUGCAGAGUCACCGAGCCAUGACACCCAAGGGGCUCUUCUGUCUGACGACGGCGAGUACGUGGACACGUUACCUUCCAUGGUAACCUUGCAAGAACCUGCUGCCGGUAGCGGCCCGGCGGAUUCUUCAGUCAGCUCGCGCCAGUUUGGCAUCAGUCGUGGCGGCUACGAGAACAUCCCACGGCCACCGGUGCCAUCUAGCGGACAUUAUCAAGAACUGCAGCGAAAUGUCUAUCUGAGCUUACGACAAUUCUGAUGCCCUGUUGUACACUUUUUGUCAACAGCAUAAUGAUUCAUUUAAACUUCAUGUAUCGGCAGGAUCCCUGUAUUGUGUUACCUUCAAUACAUGUUGAUAUAAGUUUAUUGGCCUUUGCUUCAUAAUGAUCAACAGCAUAUCUGUUGAAAUAGAUGUUGGAGCUUCCGCUUCCGAGUUUGUUUGCAUUCGAAUAUUCAGGAAUUAUUUCCCUCCUGAAUACUCUUUUAUAUAUAAUGCCUAUUUUUGUUUUGAUAAAGUUUUUAUAGCAAGCAAUUAUAUCUGCAAGUUCAUACCCGUAGGCUAAUUGCAAGUACAUGGU